UUUCAGCAUCACAUCCUUGUCUGGGCUGUCGGGCUGAGCAGGGCCCUGGAGUUAGUCCCAAUCUGUUUCCUUCUAUUCUUUGACAGGAAGCUCCUGGAGAGCCAGCCCCCAGCCCCUCCCCCUCCCAGCACUCCCUCUCUCUUCUCCACUAUGGACAGAGCCUCCACCGAGCAGCUGCCUGCCCACCACAGACCCCGCUGACAUGGGGACCGCUGGAACCACGCAGCUGUGCCGGGUGAUCCUGAGCUUCCUCCUCCUCCAAGGCCACAACUCCCAGCCCACGACAAUGCAGCACUCUAGGCAACAGGGAGCCAUCAUUCUAAAUCUGACUGUACUGCCACCUUCUCCCAACACAGCUGCUCCAGAGAAGGCCUCACAGGUCCCCACAGGCCCCAGUAAACCUGUGAUGUCAAGGUCAAGCACCAUGGAUGGUCACUCCCCACCCCAGCCACAGGAGCACACAUCAGGAUCUGACACCUCUCAAAACGUUACUUCCAAAUUGGCCACCAUGAGCCCGAAGACAAGAGAAGACCCCACCAUUCUGCCCACCCCUAUGUCAGAGCAAGUGCUCACUGUGGCUGCAUUUGGUGUCAUCAGCUUCAUUGUCAUCCUGGUGGUUGUGGUGAUCAUCCUGGUCAGUGUGGUCAGUCUAAGGUUUAAGUGUCAGAAGAACAAGGAAUCUGAAGCUGCUCCACAGCCAAUGGAGAGAAAGACAACAUCACCCUCAUCUCCAUGAAGAAUAUAAACAUGAAUAACAGCAAAGGAUGCCGCUCAGCAGAGAAAGUUCUUUAAAAGCAACGGUGGGUCCCUAUGAGUACGAGGAUGAUGAAGCUGCCCUGUGCCUGAAAGAAGGAAGGUGAUGCCCUAACCGGAUUGGCUCAGUGGAUAGAGCAUCGGCCUGCAGACUGAAAGGUCCCAGGUUCGAUUCCGGUCAAGGGCAUGUACCUUGGUUGUGGGCACAUCCCCAGUAGGGGAUGUGCAGGAGGCAGCUGAUUGAUGUUUCUCUCUCAUUGAUGUUUCUAGCUCUCUGCCCCUCUCCCUUCCUCUCUGUAUAAAAUUAAUAAAAUAUAUUUUAAAAAAGAAGGAAGGUGAUAUUAUCAGUAGAGGCAGUAAGCCAUAUAUAAAUUAUUUCAUUGUUUCACAUCUACUCCCAGCUCUAAAAGAUACUAACAUUACUCCAGAUCUGGGAGCAAGCUACCAAUAUGAGAGACUCUUUCCAGGUGGACCGCCAUUCCAGAAAUACGGACAGCUCUUCCCACCUUCUCAAAGUCAUAGGAAGGAGAAAUUGGUAGAGCAAAAGCAAUAAAAAUAACACAAAGUGAAUCGGUCCUUUCUACUUGGCAUUAAAAUUAUUUUCUGGCCUGCA